AUGGCGCCAAAGUCCUUUCUCAUUAAGUUAUCUGGAAACGUUACAAUACGUAACCAUGAAAAGGUAAGUCUUGAGACUAAUACUCAGAUAAGCAAGGGCAAACUCAAAGAAAGCCUUUACGAAAUUGGUUUGCGCAUAGGAAUAAAAAUUCCGCUUGAUCAAGAAGAAGCCGCGUAUCUUGUUGAUGAGCAGGGUUUGAUCAUUACUUCAAAACUUAUGGAUGGAGGUGUAUAUUAUAUUUCUGGUGAAAAUUUCUCUGAAUCUGAAUCAUGCGAAUUACACAAAGAUGCGUGUAAUAUUGGUUUAUCGCCUGACAUUCCUGUUGCAUGGGCGUUUGAUAAACGAGUUUUACUUCAUCAGCCAAACGAUCACCGCUCUCAGGAAACUCCUCAUCGUCUGAAGCGUGCUUUGGAUAUGUUAAUUCAUGUCGAGUACUCGAAUGAAAUCCUUCCCAAAGAACUGUUAGCAUCCUUUGGAAAUGGUUAUACUAAGAAUUUUACUACUAAUAUUUCUAAAUUUAUUGCCUCACGUCUGGCGUCAGAUGAAGAAAUCUUGGACUUCCACGUUUCUUCUGUAUAUUCAGAUUUUCUAAAAACAGGCAAGCCUCUAAGGAACUUGCCAGGAGACGUGUAUUGCAAUGAUCAAACCAGUAGAAUUGCUGUAAAGCUUUCAUCUGCGGCAGUGAUUGAUACAUGCACUUUGAUACUCCAAAACUCAGAAAAAUGCGCGGGUGGUAAUUAUUGUCCUAAAAGUGAUCCACUUAUCGGUUUUUGUUUAAUACGACCCCCUGGACAUCAUUGUAUGGCAAAUAGACCAUCUGGUUUUUGUCUUGUCAAUAAUGUGGCAAUAGCAGCGCAACAGAUUCUUACAAAAAAAUUAAUAUUAGGGCAAACACCAAGGAUUGCAAUUCUUGACUUGGAUGUUCAUUAUGGAGAAGGAACAGCAUCUUUUGUUGAUAAUUAUAGUUUUGAUAACGACAAAUCUUUUCCGUUAUUGUAUCUUUCUCUCCACCGUUUUGAUCAAGGUCAUUUUUACCCUCAUGAAAGAGAGGGUGGGAAUGAUUUUAUCGGGAUCAACCACAUUGGCAGUAUAUUAAACGUUGCUGUUGACACUAAUGCUCAUGAAGCUGAGAACUGUUAUAAAGUUAUUUCGGAUUUUUUAAUCGAGAAGACAAUGAAAGACAUUUUUAUACCUAAAUUAACUGAAUUCAAUCCUGAUUUAGUAAUUGUGUCGUUAGGAUUUGAUGCAGCUUACGGGGAUCCCUUGGGUAAAAUGGCGGUAGAAGGUGGUUUUUCGCUAGCCAUGAGCAUGUUGAAGUACUGGUGUAUUUAUGAACAAGUGGACUCGUUCCCGUUUAUCUCAUCAACUUUGAAUUUUCCAACUCGAAGGCACAAACCUGUCGGUCUUGUAGCUGUUCUAGAGGGAGGUUACAAUCCAGAAAAGGUUUCACAUGGUAUUGUAGCUGUUGCCUACGCUUUGACAUAUCCUCCAUGGGAUAAGAGAGUACAACAGUAUUCCCAAUUACAUAUCCCAAAAACAUGGAGUGAUUUACGUAAAAAGCAAGAACGGCGGUUACAUGAAUUAGAUCAAAUUAAUAAAGAACGCGAAGAUAUGGAAAAUGAUAUCCAGCUGCAUGAAAAGCCUAUUGAAUUACCUAUGAUGGUCAUCGAUGAUGAUACCCUCAUGGAAAAGCAUCUCGUAUGGUGUGAGUAUGUAAUUAAUAACACAAUCCAAUGCCAUCAAGCUGCUCUUUCUCAACAGAAGAGAGCUAUUUACAUUUAG